GACAGAUGGUAGAACAAUCUCAUUUCUGUCCUUGUCUCAGUUUGUGCUGUUAGUCGAUCUGUUGAACAUGCAGUGGAAGUUCUGCCCUCAGCAAACCAAGAUGGAUCUUUGUGGACUAAAGGAGAUACUUUAUAAGAUCCAUAACUCUGUCAACAAGCUUCUGCACUGGGCUCUGGAGCAGUUUACUGAUCUCACAGCUGGACUACUGGCUCAUUUCUUAUUUAGACAGCAUUUUCACUUCCUUCUCUCUGUGCUGGUGAUGUUUGGACCUGCUCUGAGUCUCUGGGUCUCCAAGUACAGCAUAUUUGGCAACAAGAAUCACUACCUGUACAGGCUGUUCCUGCAGUCAUGCUGGGGCUGGACCUGUGUAUUAUGUGGCUCUUUCAUCUUUCUUCUCUCAUACUGCAUCAGUAACUCUUUCAUUCACUCAGUCUGUCACCUCUCUCGACUUCUUGUGGCCGGGACGCUGUGGACACUGUUCCGCCGUCUACUGUCCUUUCUAGUGGACGCCUCUGGAAGCUGUUUUGAGCCACUACAAAGCCCCACAGAAGUCCACAGGAACCCCGGGGCGCUCCUGGACUCUGAUACAGGCCCUUUAUUACUACUGAGAGAGGAAAAGGGUAAAGCAGCCUGUCUCAAGGCCGGGCUACAGUGGCAGGGAUGUGAAGUGUCAGAUGACAUCCUCAUUCUGAGUUUAUGUUGUUUGAUUCUUGCUGAAGAAAUAGCAGUUUUUGGGCCCUGCAUGGCUCUAGGAAAAACUGUAGGGGCGUCACUGAGGAUAAUCUUCCUGUUAUGUGUGUUAUUGUUGGGUCUCUGGAUCUUCCUGAUCCUCUGCUUGCUGGCGCACUUCCCACUGUUCCCUUCCCAGCUGGUUGGAGGAGCUCUGGGGUAUCUGGGAUGGAAGGGCCUUUAUUAUAAGGGCUGGUGUGUUUUAAAGCCCGGCUGGUGCUGUCUUGGAAAACCAAAAGCUUUGCUUUCGGAUAGCACAUGCAAUAUGGGACAUGGAUGUUAAGGAAAUGAGAAACAGAAUAUAUAAAAUGUACAACUUUUGUGUCAAGGGGGUUUCAGAGUAAAAAAAUAUGCAUACCUU